AUGGCGACGACCGGAUCUCCGACCGCCACCCCGACUGAUUCCCGUGCUGGCACCAUGCAGCCAGAGUCUACCUUGCCUUCGUCCCCAAUGACCGAACUCACAAAUGGAGAGACGAAACCUGUUUCAGACAGCGAGGGAACUGGUGGACAGGAUCAAUCGACAGAGAAGAAGGAUGAAGAUAUCGAAGGCAUGGAUACCAAGGCUAAGGGCCUGAUGCACUUGUUGCAGAGUAGCUCGUUAUUUGUCGCACUUAUGUCGGAGAAGAUGAAAAAGCAGCAAGAAGAGGCUCGACAGCGAGCUACGAAACGCCAGCAAUCUGCCGCCGACGAGAAAGACAAGCCUGCAGCGGCACCCGCAACCACAAAUACCAAUCGACGCGGCACAAGAAAUCGAAAGUCAGGAGCUGCAGUUUCAGAAGAGGCUCCAACAGCGAACGAUGCACCCUCACAGAAGAAAGGCCGCACAACAAGGAAGAGUGGUGGUGGCACUAUCUCGAACUACUUUAAAAAGGCCGAGGUGGAGGUCAAGGAAGACAAUCCCACCGUGCAGGAGGUGCUGGAGAAUGCAGCUGAUGAAUACGAGUCAAAGCCCACUGCCAUCGGCGAGCAAGAACUCGUUGCGACCCAACAACCGGCGCUGAUCACGGGUGGCAAGAUGCGCACAUAUCAGCUAGAGGGCCUUGAGUGGCUGAAGACCCUAUGGAUGAACGGUCUCUCCGGUAUUCUGGCCGACGAAAUGGGACUGGGAAAGACAAUCCAAGCCAUCUCAAUGAUUGCUUUCCUGAAGGAGAAUAAUGUCUCCGGGCCCUUCUUGAUCGCUGCCCCGCUCAGCACAGUGAGUAACUGGGUAGAUGAGUUCAAGAGGUGGUGUCCGAAGAUCAAGACGGUCCUAUAUCAUGGAUCCAAAGCCGAGCGAGAAGCACUCCGCACCAAGCAUAUGAAAAUGCGCAACCAAGGAGAUAUGGACUUCCCCGUUAUUUGCACCUCUUAUGAGAUUUGUAUGAAUGAUCGUAAAUUCCUCGGGCAGUACCAAUGGAGGUACAUCGUUGUGGACGAGGGGCAUCGCCUGAAAAAUAUGAAUUGCCGUCUUAUCAAAGAGCUUAUGGCCUAUCGAUCUGCCAACCGCCUAUUGAUUACGGGAACGCCGCUGCAGAAUAAUAUCUCUGAGCUUUGGUCACUAUUGCACUUCCUCCUACCGGAAGUCUUUGAUGAUUUAAAUAGCUUCGAAAGCUGGUUCGACUUUUCAUCCGUACUCGAUGAUAGCGGCAAAGCAGAGCUCCUCGAACGCCGGAAGCGCAAUCUUGUGACAACAAUGCAUUCAAUUUUGAAGCCUUUCCUUCUGCGGCGAGUCAAGACAGAUGUCGAAACCGAUCUGCCAAAGAAGCGCGAGUACAUUUUGUACGCUCCUCUUACAUCCGAGCAAAAAGAACUUUACAGAGAGAUCCUCAGUGGCACAGGCCGACAGUACCUUGAAACAAAGGCUCUGGAGCGUUUGACAGCCAAGAACCCAACUCUCUCCCGCUCGUCAAGCCGAAAGCGACGGCGGGAAAGCAGCGAGUCCGAAACACCCAACAAGAGUAUCCGAUCAAGUGGAGCUUCCACUCCUAGCGCGAGUGCCAGUGUCAGCACCAGCUCUAGUCGCCGUCGCCGCGGUCCUCAAAGUUACAAAGAAAUGGGCGACCGGGAGUUCGAUGCGAAGCUGCGUAUGCUUGACAAGGGAAUCGAAGUCGAGGAAGAGGAAGCUGAACCAAGUGAUACCGAGCUCGAGGAGAUUGAAAGAGCUGAGACAAUUAAGCUCGCUAAAAAGGAAAUUGCCCAGAAAAAGAUGCAAAACCCUGUCCUGCAGGCCCGUUUGGCUUGCAAUUCCCCGCACAAUUUCUACUGGCCUUGGACAGAUGAAACGUCCGAUGUCGACGAGUCUCUCGUGUCGGCUUCCGGGAAGAUGCUUCUCUUGGACCGACUUGUCCCCCAUCUCUUGAAGAGGGGACACAAGAUCCUAAUAUUUUCUCAAUUCAAGACCCAGCUGAGUAUCAUUGAAGAAUGGUCUACCCAACUCCGGUCUUGGCCAUGCUGUCGCAUUGAUGGAGCCAUGGCUCAAUCCGAACGCCAAGCCCAAAUUAAAUUAUUUAACACAGACAAUAGCCACAAAAUCUUCCUCCUCAGCACCCGCGCCGGUGGACAAGGUAUCAACCUGACUGCUGCCGACACGGUGAUUCUCUUCGAUUCAGACUGGAACCCGCAACAAGAUCUGCAAGCCCAGGACCGCGCCCACCGCAUCGGUCAAAAGAAGCCCGUGAUCGUGUACCGACUCGCGACAAAAGGAACGGUAGAACAAACUCUACUUGAAAAGGCAGACUCCAAGCGCCGGCUCGAGCGACUUGUGAUUCAAAAGGGCAAGUUUCGCUCAUUGCUGGACACGAGUGCCAAUGCCCAAGAGCUCGAAGACUUGCGCCAGGCUCUUGGAGAAGAUGAAUUCGAGCGCUUCGAGCUUAAUGAUCAGUCGAUUCUUUCGGAUGAAGAACUCGCUAUCUUGACAGAUCGGAGCGAAGAGGCUUAUUCCCGUGCUGAGAAGGGUCUUGAUAAGACUGGUCAUGCCUUUGUGGCUGUGGAGACAAAGCGUGGUGGUGAAGAGUCUCUGAUGUCUUGA